CUUGAUUUACCAGUUUCUGAACACACAUUGGUACUUAUUUGUGAGAAUGUUGGGAACGAUAGAAAGCGCACCUUUAAACUAUUGAUGCCAUGAAAGUAUUACAUUUGCAAGUAAAAACCAAAACCAAACUGGCUAGGUUGUUAAAAUAAAGGAUAAAAUUGAUGGUUUGAGGUUUGCUUGAGUCCAAAAUCGCAACCCUGCUCAUUGUAAACAUUGAUGCCUAAACGAAACGGAACUGGAAAAGUAAGAUUGAGCCGCGAACAUGGAGAGGCGUGUGCCCGCAGUCUCGAUUGACCCGUGUCUCUUGUGUCGGGCCCCCAAUUCCAAGCAAGAUGGUAAUGUCCCGUGUCAAAGAAUCGUCCUCGAGUGCAGUGGACAGUUUUGUCUUACUUGUCUUGAGCGACUCAUCCAAGCCGCCAAAUCUUCGGGAUACCAUGUCAGAUGUGCUCAAGUACCCAAGACUCCAAAGGCCUCCAAGUCUUGUCUGCAAAGAAAUGGCGAAGCCCCCUCAAUAACCCUCAAUAACCCAGAUAUUGUUACCGAUUUUUCUUCGGCAUCAGGGAUCGAAGAGAUCUAUGGUGUCAAUUUGCCUGACAAACUUCCAUCGCCCAAUCUGACAUUGAAUCAAAGUGUCACGGCUAAGGUCUGCUUCUGGAUUUCACCUUCGAAUUUCUUCGUCCAGUUAUAUCCGAAUGAUGUGGACAAUAUUCAAAGAGACUUGAUUGAUCUAGUGGAAAAUAACACGAGCCAUCAAGUGAUCGACGUAGUCGAACCUGGGAUGUUUUUGGCCGUCCGUUCUGUCAUUGACAGAAACAUUUACCGGGCCAAAGUGGUUUCUGUCACGAAAGAGCUUGAAAAAGUGAAAGUCCGUUAUGUGGACUUUGGUAACACAGAAGAUGUGAGCAUGGAAUCGACUUGGCCCAUGACAGAUAAAUUGAGCGACUAUCCUAUCCAAAGUGUUGAAUGCUUUCUGAAUUUGAAGAACCCUAUCACAUCUUGGCCGGAAGAUGUGUCUGAAGCGUUUUUCCUCAUGAUUAAAGACGACAAGAUGUCCAUGGUCAUCUCUGACAUUGAAGAAUCAUCUGGAAAAGCCGCCGUCAAUAUCACGUUAAGGGGAAAUAAGAAUUUCAAUGCGGAAGUGGAGAGCUAUUUUUCACAUCAAAUGAGACAAGACAGUAGCGAUUGCGACGGACCAAGUCGAUCUUCAGAAGUAGUGCGAACUGAACCAAUGCCAAGCCUCGACUUAGGGUCCCCUGUCCCUCCCAAAAGCUACUCGUUGGUUGUUACACAUGUGGAAUCCCCGGACGCAAUUUAUGUGCGACUCAAACACUUGGAUAAUUUGUGGGAAGCGUUUAACUUGCAAAUCCAAAAGAUACUCUCAAGCGAACAAAACUAUGGCUUGCAUCAGCUCCAUAUGGGCCAGAUUGUCGGGGUCAAUGACCAAGGCCAUUACUUUCGAGGAACAGUGACAAGCAUUAAAAAUCGUGAAUAUCAAGUUUUCCUUCUGGACAAAGGUCCGAUUAUUUGCACUUCUAAAAGAUACCUAACACCCUUGCCUAAACAACUGAAACGAACCAAUGCUUUCUGCGUCAGAGUGAAAUUGGCCGGCUUGACACCUUUGGGAACCUCGGAUCAAUCUUGGAGCAUCACCGCCAAAGAAAAGUUCUGCGACUACAUGAAGCCCAUCAUUUGCGUCGAGGGAUAUCCUGUGGGUGAGAUUGAUGAAAAAGUAAAGCAAAUCGAGAUGGAUUUGACUUACGAGGUCAUUGAGAUGGAAGAUGCAUUCGAGCCGGCCGUAGCAAAGACGAUAUCCAUUAAAACAUUUCUACACGAAAAGGGAUUUGCUAUGCUUGCAAACCCGAGUGCUUUGUCAAACAACACUGCUAAGAGUACAAAUUUAACGUUAUCGAGUUGUGGAAGCGUGGCAAUCCAAGACGAUUUAGGUGAAAACUUUUCGGAAGAUCGACCCAUUCAAGUUCUCACAGGCUCAGAUCAAAGUCCGGGCAAACCAAUGUGGCCGAGUCCUAUCAUGAUCGAAGAACGUGUAUUUGACGCCAAAGUCACGUUUAUCGAUACCGAAGGACAAAUUUAUGUUCAAACUCAAGAACAACAAAAUAUGGCCCAAGAUCUUACCCAAUGCCUGGAGGCGUUCGUCCAAAACCUGGAUGAGAGAGAAAUUGCGCUUGACCAAGAGAAACUAUGGAACGUUGGUGACAUCGGAAUUGCCCCUUAUCCGCAAGCUGACUUGGUUCCCGGAUGGUUUCGAUUUGUAGUGUUCGAAAUUAACAAGGAAAAUGACAAUGAAGCUGCAGUGUGUUUCGUAGAUUACGGCGAACACAAAGAACUUGAUCUUAGAACGGUCAUUUCUCGAUUUCCCAAAAAAGCGAUGGAGAUCCCUAUUCUAGCGCUACGGUGCAAGUUAGCAAAAAUCGUUCCAAUCGAUAGUUUCUACCCAACAGAGUUCUUGAACGCUGUUCACGCCGAGAUUGUGGAGAAAGAUGUCACAAUCAAAGUUGCGAAAAAAGGAUCGACUUUCCCCAUACCGGCAGUGAUAAAACUUAAGAUCAACAACGAUUUGGAAAUCAACCUUGCAAGAGACUUCAAAAAUCGAGGUCAAGCUUGGCCUGCCACCGAAGAGCUUUGGUACGAUUCAAAAGCCAUUCAACGCCAAGAAAAAAUCGCCCUCUAUAUUCAGCCGACGACGAUGGAGCGUAAUUGAUCCAUCUAUCGAGUAGAUCGUAAUAGCUAAAUUGUGAUAAAGAAUGAUCGAAAAAACCAGAAAAACUAAAUAUGUGAUAAUCUA